AUGAUUACAAAGUACUUUACCAGUGUUGUGGUGAGGUUUAGCCCGUUUAGUAAGGAAGCUAAGAAUGCAAGACUCUUUUUAUCUGCAAUUCCUCCAAUUCAAAGAGCAAGUUCUACUAAGUUAUCAACUGAGUUGAUGACUGAUUCUUCAACAAAACCAUCACUGAUUAAAGUGACUUUCAAGGAUAAAACCAUAAUGGAAGUGGAUCCAGGUUCCAUGAGUUUCAAGGAAAUUUCCAGUUUCUUCGAUCGUCAUUCGAGGAAACUACAGUUAAAGGACAGUAUUGAAUCUAGGUAG